AUGGUUUUAAUCGUUUAUAUUUUAUUCUACCUAAUAAUUGGUUGUAAAGUUUCGUCGGCUAACAAACUCAGAAAGCGUGAUCUUGCAUCAUGUCUUGUUAAUGUACAAGGCAAAAAAGUAUAUCCAAGUGAUCCAGAAUAUAAUAGCGACAUAAUAGAUGCAAAUUCUCGUAUAAUGUUUACCCCAUCUGUGAUAAUACAUACUAACAUAGUGGCGGAUGUUCAAUUUUCUGUGUCUUGUGCAAGUACACUUAAUAUGAGCAUUUCAGUUAGAUCGGGGGGCCAUUCCUAUGAAAAAUAUAGUACUGCGGGUGCAAUAGUUGUAGAUAUUACGAAUUUGAACCAAAUUGACAUAGAUUCAGCAGCAAAAACUGCUGUUAUCGGUGCCGGGAAUAGAUUAGGUCCUAUUUAUUACGCUUUGAGCCAAGCUGGUUUCUUAAUUCCAGCUGGAACUUGCCCAGGUGUCGGAAUAGCUGGACAUGCAUUAGGUGGUGGAUAUGGACAAAUUGGAAGAAAAUAUGGGCUCGCGUUAGAUAGCAUUAUUUCUAUGGACCUCGUUGAUGCUACCGGACGUCUGAUCACUGUAACUGCCGAUGAGUAUUCGGAUUUAUUUUUUGCCCUCCGUGGAGCUGGGGCUAAUAACUAUGGAAUAGUUACUUCGUUUACAUUUCAAAUUUAUCCUACUCUUCCUAAAGUCACAUCUAUAUCAUUAAAAUAUGAUCUUAACAAGAUUCAAACUCUUUUUGAUGCAACUAAACAACUUGGUCCGACGCUUCCUGAUGAUAUAUCAUUCUCGAUAGUUAUAGAAAAAAGUUCUGUAGAAUUUCAAGGUGUUUAUCUAGGAUCACAAUCGAGUGCGACGCAAGUUAUGAGCCAAUUUAUUUCACUUUCACAACCAACUUCGAAUCAAUUUACAGAGGAAAGUUUUUUCGAUAGCGUUGUAAGAUGGGGGUUUCAACAAACAAGUGACACAAUAAAUCCAUAUCAUAGUCCCAGUAAAUUUAAGGCAAAGUCUUUCUAUGUAAAAUCUUCUGGACUUUCAGCAGAGGGUGUUCAAUCACUUGUGAAUUUUAUGAAAGGUCUUCCCACCGCAUGUCCAACAUAUGCAAUAUUUGAUUUAUACGCUGGUGGUGCGGCAGCUAGAGUUGAAGAAAAUGCUACUGCAUUCGUGCAUAGGAACGUAUUUCAUUCGAUUGAAUUAUUUACAACUCUGAAUGGUGAUAAUACGAUGAACACACAAUGUUAUAAUCAGUUAAAUAGUUUCGGUGAAAUUUUUCAGUCGAAUUAUACUGAUUAUAGUUGUUAUCAGAAUUAUAUAGAUCGAGAUUUAACGGAUUGGCAGCAUAGAUAUUACGGCAAUAAUUUGCCUGCAUUAAUUGCUGUAAAAAAAAUAUAUGAUCCUAAUAAUGUAUUUGGCUACGAUCAAGGUAUUCCCUUGGUUUAG